AUGAGUACGCAGUUAGCCAAGGGGCGACGCAACUGCGGCGAAUCUCGGCGUGAAACCGCCCUGCGCGAGGUUACCGAAGAGACAGGCUUUGCUUGUCGCCUUCUUCCGGUAAAUAUGCAUACUCGCGCCCCGCCAGCGAUAGAAACGGAACAGUUAGACGACCUAGCGCGUUUUUACACGAAUAUUUGCGAGCCGUUUACUUUGCAAAUCCGCCGCUUUAAGCAUAACAACGUCAAGCUUAUUUGGUGGUUCGUCGCUGUUGUGGACGAGGACGUUUCACCAAAGGAAACCAUGGAGGACAGAUGCGUGGUGGAAUUUUACAGCUAUACAGAGGUUCUGAACAAGCUGACGUUUCAGAUGGAUCGUGAUAUGGUCAAGAAAGCUAUCAAGAUCGUGGAGAACACUUAUACGGAGUGA